GGAUUCUUUUCAUGUGAUGAUAUGUGAAAACGUGCAAUAGGUUUCCAUACUCAGUGCAUACAAAGAUAAUUAAAUAUUAUUGGGAACCAUUGUGAAGACAAAAUGUUUCUAAAAUAAAACUAUUUAUAUUAUGGAGGAUGCUAUUAAUAAUAGACAAAAAGUAGAGAUGAAGUGAAAUUACUAGUGUCAACAUCAGUGUAGUCAAAGUAAUCAUUCAAUUUUGCGUCCAAUAUUCUGUAAUACAAGAAAUCCACUUAUAAAAUAUAAUUUGUUAGCAAAUACAGAGCAAGAAUCUUUUGGAAAAUAUCGAAUUUUUCGUAAAAGUGUGAAAGUUUCAGUCAAAUUUACGAAAAAUUCCCUAGGCCAAGAUAUAUUCAAUAUUCUUGUGACAGGUCAUGUGACAGGAACACCAACAUAUCUGAAUUUCAAGCUCGUGUGGAUUGCAAACUACUUCGUUCUAAGUAAUCAUGAUAUUCUUGUUAUCAGUUCACAGUCAAAAAGUAGUUAUUUAGAAUCUUCUAAAACUGAACAAUUUCAGUUAACCUAUCAAAUAGAUCUUAAAAGUAUUAGAGGAAUUCCAUAUGAUAAAUUAUCAUUUUUAUUAUCAACCCAAUCAAUUGUAUUAUUUGAUUUAAUUAUUCAAGAUUGUGAUACAAAUGUUACCGUAAGAGUACCUAACGCUUAUAUAAACCAACAAACAGUGGAUAAAAUGUUUCAGGAAAAUACUUUUCAGUCUCCAGUAGUUGGUGUUCAGUUAAACAAGAGUGUAGAUAAAGAAUCAACACAGUGGAUCAUGUACAGUCCUUUAUUAUUUAUCACAAUUGGAAUCGGGUUACUUUAUUUUCUUGUAUUAAUUAUAUUUGUAUGCAUAAAGCACUUCAUUAUAUCAAACAAAGGAUAUCCUAUAUCAGUUGGAUAUCAGAAGUUUGUUGAUAACAGCAAUAACGACCAAAGUAGUGAUUUCCAAUAUCAUCAAUUACUUCUGCAUCCAUUUCCCGUGAAACUAAAUAACCAUACAUUGUUUUAUGCAACCUCAAGAAAAGGUGAAGAUUACAUUCAAACAUUUCUUCCGGGGAGACAAACAUUAUAUCACCCCACUAUUGUACCAAGUCACCGUCAUUGUUGUCAAGAUGUUAAUGGAACUGGAAAACGUCAUUCAACUUGGUUGCAUCAAAAUACCUGGAAUACUAAAAGUUCAAAAUUAAAACGCAUAUUUUUAUUCACUCACCUUGCAUUCCGUGUAUUUUAUACCUUUUUAUUUACAUUCAGUGUUGCUGUAUCGUUAAUAUUUAGUUUACAACCUUCCAGUAGGCCAACAUUUGACAGUAUGAUACACUGGUCGAAAGUAAGUCAAGAGUCUUUAGAUUAUAAUCAUCGAAUGCAAAGAAAUAUGCAAAGAUCAUCGUCUUCCUCAGUAACAUCAAUGCCAACAAUACGUUUAGAUCAAACUCAUCUUAUUGGUCCAAUUAUCAGGUUACAAACUGAAGCACGUUGGAUAGAAGAAUUCACAGAACAAGAAUUAAAAAGGCAACUUGAUUAUGUUGAACGUAUGAAGUUGGCUUGUCAACAUGCUAUGACAGUUGAACUAACAGAUGCUCUAAGAGAAGGUAAACAUUUAGUAAAAACAAGACUAGAAAAAUGGCAGUUGAACAGUACCAUAGCGCAGAAUACUGAUAAUAUAAACGGGAAUACCUUGCUUUCUACCAAUGAAUUAGCAGGUCAUCAUUUUAAUAAACAGCGUAGUUUAUUUGACCGCAUAUACGAACAAGUCAGUCAGCAAAUAGAUUUUCGCAGAGUUAAAUCUUUCAAAGUCUAUUCAAAUAUGCUUAAUUCUGUUUUUCAUUCUGGAUGGUUACAGUAUGCUAAACGUAUGCUAAAUACUUCUGAUAAUCUUGACAGAACUCCUAAACACUUUUCAAAUGCCAAGAUUCACUCAGCAACUAAGCUCAAUUUUCAGGAUAGUAUGCGAAGAUUUUAUGAGAUUGCUCAACAAAGAUCCGGUAUUAAAGCAUCUUAUGUAACUUUAAUGAAUUAUAUGAAUUUUUAUCAAAGCGAUUCAGUUCAACUGCUACCAUUACAACUGCUUGAAAGCCUCAAGAAAAUAUUCGCUCCUGCAAAUCACUAUAUUUCAAUGUUCUAUUUAUCUUCAGAAGUACACGAUCAACUCAGACAAUCUCAGAUUAAACAUCAACCGAAUCAUCAAACAAUUAAUUUAAAAAAUCCUUUUCUACAAAAAACACGACAAGAACGUGUAUUUGUGACGACGAAUGAUUUAGAGGAAUACAUAGAUGGAACAUUAAAUCCUAUAGAAGAUGCAAUUACACAGCAUUCUUCUAAUCAAGCAUAUAAACUUAUUUCUGAAAACUUUAUUGAGUACAUUAAACGGAAUGCUAAUAGAAAUUCAGAAGAUUAUAUAAAGUAUUCUGAUAAACAUUCAGCGAUCCCAGUAAUGACAUUAACACACAUUCGUUUAAGUCUGCUAAUUUUAGACUGUUUAAUUAUUGUGUACAGAUUUUUUCACACAUAUGAAAUUCUAAAAGCUAUUUGGACAGGUCAAAAGUUAUUUGUGGAUGCAUCAAGUUGGUUAGAACGACAAGUGAAUGUUAUGUCUAGUGAAAAUAAAGACAUUGGGUAUUUUCACGAAGAAAGUGAACAAAUAACUGGAAGGGGAAGAAACUCUUCACAUUCUGAUCAUACUGCUUACAAUGAAACUGACAGUAAAUUAUUUUCAAGAACAACAAUUUUUCAAUGUCUUCCACAAUACCAAAACCGUUAUGAGUGUAGACAUGAUAGGCAGGCGUUAUUUCAAUCAUCAUCAUGUUCACCUGCAGUUCCAAGAAAUUCUCAGUCCUCAGAAACAGUAUCACCGAUUAUGUCUAAUAACAUUAUGCAAUCCCAGUGUACAAAUAAAUCAAAAGAAAAUUUCCAAUCAUGUCCUACAUAUUCACAAUUAUCUAAUAUGCCAUGUAAAUCUCUUCCAUACAAUUCAUUAAUUUCAAUUGGGCCACCAUUGAGUCUACCACCGUCUUCAUCUUUUGGUAUUGAACAAAAUACAGGAUGUAUGCUAGGCGUACGAACUGCAUGCUGUCGUAAAUCACACUAUAUUAGCUCUAUUGUUGGUUUAACUGUACUUAUUUUAUUAUUUGGUUUAGUAUUAAUUCAAAUGUAUAAACCUACAGGAGUUAUAUCAAAAAAAUCAUCAACAUCUACUAAUUACGCAAAACAAAAUUUUAUACAGUAUCGAGGGAAUAGAAUACCAUAUCUAUCAACUCAGAUAAAUUUUUUUCGUCCCUAUCAUGAAUUAUUAAUUCGUGAACAUAGUAAAAGAUUAAAUCAAGAUUGGCUUGGUUGGACAAGACGUAAUGAACUUGCAAUGCGUGGACGUGUGCUCAACUACCUGUCACGAUUUAAACAUGAACUUGCUUUCUUCGAUAAACAAAUGGAGGCGGAAAACUCAGUUAUUCGGUCCCUUCUUUCUCAAACCAAGAAAUCGUCAUCAUCAACUUCAACAGCCAAGUCAGAUAAAGACUACAAUAAACCUGUUCAGUAUCCUACUUCACCAGUUUUUAAUUCAGAAUUUUUAUUUCGUCAACAAAUCUGCCAUUUCUUGCCAGUUGUACCAGUUCCAAUAAUUGAUGAUGAUACGGAUUUAAAUAGUAAAGGUAUGUCUUCUUCACUUCGUGGAAUGAUGAAACCACAGAAUAUAAAACAAAUCAUUUGGACUGCUACAAUCAGUACCUUUGUAGAUUUCGAUUGGAAUAGCCAAGAACAAGCGAACAGACUAUUCAUUACUGCUAUAAUUGUUGGUGUAGUCAUGAUUAGUUGUAUCGGUGUAGUUGAUUUAGGUGGGAAAAUUUUAAAAAUGCUUUACAUCAACCCAGCUGUUUCAUUAUCUGAUAUUCAAAGAUGGCGAAGUAGUCAGAAGUUAACUCAUGAAAAAGAAUUGAAGAAUUAUGAUCAAAAUUCUGAAAAUAUUAUUUUAAUAUCACCUCAACCUGCACCAGUUAUCCCUUGGCCUUCAGAUUUAUUAUUCAAUGUAAAUGGCAAACUAAAAACUACUCAGUCGAAUUCUAAUCCAACGUGUAGGCAAACAUCAAGUCCAGGAUCUUCUGUAUCUAUCCUCAAAGAACCAGAAGCUCAACUUCCGUUGACUGCCUUUUACUUAGACUCUAAUAUUGUUUUUACACCAACUAGUACACCACAAAUUUACAAUACCAGUAAACCUAUUCAACUUGAUGAUGUAUCACAUUCCAUACCUCUAUUAAUUGCUCAUUCUCCAUCAUCUACCCCAAUUAUUGCACUGAAAACUGAUCCAUUAUCUUCCACAAAUCAACUCUCAGGAGUAUUGUAUGGGAAAACAUGAAUUAUGAUGUAAAUGUUAGCGUUUCAUUUAUUUACUUGUAAAAGUUUUAUGGACCAAAUUAUGUGUAAAUUAAUUCCAGUUUCCUUUCCAGUAUUGUCGUGUAAAUAUUCUAAAUGUUAAUCCCAAAUAUUUUUAUUGUGUACUGCAUAAUGUAAAAUUAUAUGAAAUAUUAGGUUACUGGAUCAGACACUUGUACAUAAGAACUUGUAUGCCGAGUUUGUAGCAAUAAAUAAAAUGAAUUCGUUUAAAAAAAUACAAAGAUUUUCAAAAGAAACCAUAAAAUUUGCUUCUCCAUGAAGUAUUCUAUUCGCUCAAGAUAAAUAUAAAGCACUGGAAGUGAUCAUAUUUAUAAAAUCCUAAAGAGAGGCAGACAUAAUACUGGUCCCAUGGUCGUAUUUAUUUGGUGACUACUUUAAACUAAGCGUUAUUAGUGACAAAAAAACAACUAUUUCUUCCAAACUCAAAUAUAACUUUCAAUUUCAUCAUGAAUUGAUAUAAGUUAGACAACCACCGAAAACGAGGGACCAAUGGACAGGUGUU